UAUCACAAGUGAAAAGAAAAAGUUCAGGAAAUGGCGAAGCUCAUCGUUGUCUUCAUUGUAUCUUGUUUGUUGCUUGCUAUUCAAUUUUCUAAUGCUGAGGAAUUAGAACGUCCAUGUGAAGCACCUGCAAUCUAUAAGAUGGGAAGAGGAGGCUCACUUCGACCAGAAGAAUGUCCAGCGGAAUGUCAACGUCGAUGUUCAGAGACAUCUCACAAGAAACCGUGUUUGUUUUACUGCAACAAAUGUUGUAACACAUGUUUGUGCGUGCCAUCCGGAACAUAUGGACACAAAGAAGAAUGCCCUUGCUACGAUAACUGGAGGACCAAAGAAGGUGGACCGAAAUGUCCAUAAUAACUUAAAAAUAAAAAUUAAAAAUAAUAUCUAUUUAGUUUGUUUCUUAAUAAAAUCUAUGUUGGUCAUGCCUAUUUCUACUAAUACAUUGUAUCUUCUACUGCAAAACUAAAUUUAAUAUGAAAAUUAU